UGUUCGGGUGUAGUUUAUCGUCACGGUGGUCAUGAUUUAAACACUGCAUCAGUUUUGUUAUAAUAAAACACUCAGUAUCAAGUAUUACAUAGACAGGAGUAUGAAAUGGGGUCGACCAGCUCUGAACUAGCCAAAAUACCAAACGCGGAGGAUUUAAUGAGAGAAACUGGUUUCACUGGUGCACACCUGGUUCGUCUAUAUGACCGUUACCAAUCUCUGGACAAAGACAGCAAGGGUCAUCUUAGUGUACAGGACUUUGAAGCCAUAAAGGAGCUGGCCAUGAAUCCUAUAUGUGACAGAAUAAUAGGGGCCUUCUUUACUUCUGGACAGGAAACACUGGACUUCCCAUCAUUUGUGAGGAUCUUGGCGCAUUUUCGGCCCGUCGAUAAAAGCCGAUCCAAAGAGCCCAACUCGCCUGACCCCAUUAACAGCAGAAUCAACAAACUGAAGUUUGCCUUUCAGUUGUAUGAUCAGGACAAGGAUGGCAAGAUUUCCAGAAAUGAGCUCUUACAGGUUCUUCGGGCCAUGCUGGAGAGCCAGGUAACAGAAGAACAACUGGAGUGCAUAGUAGACCGCACUAUUCAAGAGGCCGACCUAGACAACGAUGAAGCCAUAUCUUUUGAAGAGUUUCGGAAGUCUCUAGAAAAGGUCGACAUUGACCACAAGAUGAGUAUCCGCUUCCUGCGCUGAAGCGUCACCAGCUUUCAAGAAGCACAAAGGAUUAGUCUGCUUUCACUACAAACAUGGAAAAUGUGUUUUUAUCAUCUUUACUGGAAUGCUGUUCUUUUAUGUGGCCUAUUGACAUUGUGAAUAAUGUAUAAGUGAAAGGUAUUUGGUGAAAUAUGGAUUUUAGUCCUAUUUCAGUCAGUGUGAUAUUUGGUAUAAGCCGUUUUGAUGUCUGAUGGUGUUUUUUAUUUCGGCUGGCUUUACUGUGACUAUGCAUGAUUUUAUACAUUUGUUGAGAAUGAACUUGCUACUGUGUGCAUCUCACAGUUUCUGGGGUAAACGUAGUUCCUACAUAAACAUCCUGAUAAUAACAGGUAUGGCAGUCUAGACCCCAAAAGAUGAACUGUGAAAAUAAAACGAUUUGAGAAUAUCGACAUGCAUAACUACAUAUUUGUUAAGAAAUUCCUGUUGCCCAGGCCCAAAUAUUUUAGCAAUUAGCACGAGGUUUAGAAGACAUAGCUUUUGUCAAGCUAAAUCAUUAAUUGGUUUGAAUUUUUUUCCCCCAAUCUUAGCUUUUGUUGGUCAUUUUUUCUCACAGUAAUAUACUAUACAACUUCUUCUCAAAUGCUUAACUGCUUCUUAGAAAGCAUGUUUAUGCCAAAGUGUAUAUACAGUAAAUAUAAUUAUUGAUCCUAAUGAGAGAUCUCACUAAAAGUAUUUACCUUGUAAAGCGUAUUUUUUUUUUUUAAAACUACUGCCACUACAAAUAUCAAACAGGGCUCAAUGUUGUUAAAUAGACAUUUUUGUAUGCAGUCUUCUCUAUUCCAAGUGUUGGUGUAAUGAAUUUUUAUCCAAUGCCUACCUCAAUAAUCCUACUGAUUUUAAAGAGCCUUUAUGUAACCAUGGUGACAAAAAGCCUUCCAUAUAAACCACAUUGCUUUCAAAAGCAUGUUUGUGUAUGCAAGGUUGGAAUUUGUAUUAACUGUUUUAAAAAAAUUAUAAUAAAAAUGCAUUUGUACUUCCC